CCUUUUCGUCUCCCAUCACUCCUCUUCAUCUUCCCAUCACUUCUUUUCAUCUCCUAUCACUCCUUUUCAUCUCCCAUCAUCCUUUUGUUUCCUAUCAAUUCAUAUUACUCUUUUUUACUCCCUUUCAUCUUCUAUUACUUUCCAUUACUUCAUUGUUAUUUCAUUUUUUUAUUAGCAUCUUUCUUCUUGAUCAUUGUAAUUUACUUAAUAUCUUUCUUUUAUAGUAUCACUUCAUUAAAAAUAAAUAGUGAUUUUUUCUUUAAAAUCGUAAAUGUGUGAUUUAAAUUUUAAUAUUUGCAAAUAAAAUUUCAUUAGAUAAGAUUAUUUUGAAUAAAUAUGUUUGCAAAAAAAUUUUUUUUAAAA